CUCGACCGCCGCUCGACGUUGCUGGCCAGAUGCGGUUGGCGUCUCUGCCGCCGUCGUGGCCAGCACUCCAGCCGGCGCAUCCCACGCUGCUCCGCCACCACAAACCAGUAAUCCCCUCUCAACCCCUCUCUGGACCACCCCUUUCCCCACGAAGCUCCACCCCACGCCGGAACCCCCAGUUCUGGCUGGAGUCGCCGCCGCCGCCGCCAUCCAGAUCUGCUGUGCCUUUCUCCGCCGACGAUGUCUCCCACGUCUCGGAGUCCCCGGAUCCAAGGAGUUCGCCCACGCCUGCUAUGCCACGCUCCUUCGCUGAUGCUGUCAGGUUGGAUUUCAAUCCCGCCAAAGGAGACGGCCUGCCCGUUUUCAAAUCCCCACACGGCCAACCACCGCCGCGCCCAAAAUUGAAGUCCGCCAUUACUAUCCCAGCCUGGAGCACCUUUCAGCGUCGCGCCUACAGGGCUACUCCCGGAGAGGAAAUGGGCGUGCGUCGCAUCCAUGGUACGGCGAGACCAGGCCGCUUCAAUGGCGAGUGGAAGGAAGUCAAGCCACGCCACUGGUGGCGCCGCUCGCCGCAUUCACCCGAGUCCCAGCGGCCAGCUUCCAGGCGACAAGACGCACAUUCAAGGCGCUCGUUGGCUCCCGCUGCAUCGGCAUCGCUGCGCCUCUUCAGAGAGAGAACGGCUGGAAAAUGCUUCAACUGCCUUGCGCGUGAUCACCGCGCAGCGCGCUGCAGGGACCCGGUUCGUUGCUUCAGAUGUUUCCGUUCGGGGCACAAGGCAAACUCCUGCUCCCGGCGUGAACCGCGACCACGCCAACCUCGCCAGUCUCCACAGAAAGCGCUGCGCCGCCAAGCUUCUACACCACCCCCGCCACAGAACACGUCGCACCGCCAGGCUUCUACGCCAUCCCCGUCUCUUCCCCGGGCUACACGACCACGCCAACCACGCCAGUCUCCGCAGAACACGUCGUGCCGCCAAGCCUCCACACCACCUCUGCAGCUACCUCUUCCACCCAAGCCGUCCUGCAACACGCGGAUGGCUCUACUGGGAGACCCGGCGACCCGGCCGGAUGAAGACCACUGCUUCGUUCCGACACCGUUCGCCACGGAGGCUGAGCGGAAAGAAUGGGAAAGCUCGGCGGUGGUGUCCUGGGCGAUGCGGGCACCGGCUUCCACAACGGCGCAAGAUGUUGAGGCGGCUUUUCGGGAGGAAUUCCGUCUUCGGCGAGGGGAGGUCACGGUGACGCGCCACCACCCGGAAGCCUUCCUGAUCAAGUUCGAGCAUAGCAGUCACUGCUAUGAAGCUAUGCGCAAGGGCUUCGUCAAGCGAAACGGUAUUGAGCUCCACUUCAUCAAGUGGCGCAGCCUGAGUGCGGCCCUCGGCAUCGCGCUCAUGUUUCGCGUGCGCCUGUGUCUAGAUGGUAUCCCGCGGCACGCCUGAUCCGCCGACAUCGUCGAGCGGCUCAUCG